UAAAGGGAGGAAAUACUAUCACCUGCCCAAAUAUACCUAUCAAGGGUGAUAAAAUCCUGUUUUUAAAUAACUCCAAAUAUCUACAACAUGAUGUCAUAGUCAAACUUACGUCGAAACGGUUCCGAGCCCUGCCGUUCGGUACAUAAAACGACCCCGUUUUGUUACUUGCACGCCGUGUCUAUUCUGAUGCCAUCAGCAGUUUUGAAUAAACCGUUGUAAAUAAACUCAACCCUAGCACGUCUCUUUAGAAACUUUGCGAGCUUAGUUUGCGAUGAAUCGUCAAGUGAACAUUUUCUCCAAAACCAUCCAAAACUCCAAAACUCUCGUAUCAGCUGUGUGACGAAAAACAAUCAAAUUCUGUUGUUCCCUGUGGUCUCCUCAGUUCGUGCCCUUGUGACUCGCGAUGGGAUUCGGUCCACUGGAAAGCCAACACACGCGAAUGCGUAUUAUGCUUACGCGUCCAAGCAGUGCGUUGAUAUUAUUACUACUCGAUGCCUGCAUCUGGUUGCAGCGCACGGACGUGGUCGACUUCCGAAACCGGGUGCAAGACAUCCCAUCACAGUUCAUCUACGACGUGUACGAUUUUGUGGUGGUUGGUGGUGGCAGUGCGGGAGCAGCCGUAGCGGCACGGUUGUCCGAGGUGUGCGAUUGGAAUGUGCUUCUGCUAGAGGCCGGUACCGACGAGACGUUCCUCAGUGAUCUCCCGUACCUGUAUCCGGCCCUGCAGAAGGGACCGCUCGAUUGGCAGUUUGAGACGGAACCUAACGAACGCUUCUGUCAGGGAAUGCGUGGUAAUCGGUGUAGUUGGCCGCGCGGCAAAGUUCUCGGUGGUUCGUCCGUGCUGAAUGCGAUGAUGUACGUGCGCGGUAACGCGGAAGACUAUGACGAAUGGGCAAACUUGGGUAAUGUGGGUUGGAGCUGGCGCGAUGUUCUACCGUACUUUGUGAAGAUGGAAAAUGUCCGUGAUCCAAACAUUGCCGGUCGACCGUAUCACGGCACGACGGGACCGAUGACGGUGGAGCUUUUCCGGAAUUAUUCGUCCCUGCAAGCAAUGUUUCUACAGGCGGCUGGGGAAUUGGGCAUGGAACUUUCGGAAGAAAUUAAUGGACCCAAUCAGCUGGUGUUUGCUCCGUUGCAUGGUUCGAUACGAGAUGGUUUGCGGUGUAGUACGGCUAAGGCUUACCUGCGUCCGGUAGCGAACCGGAAGAACCUACACAUCUCGAUGGAUUCGAUGGUGGAACGGGUACUGAUAGAUCCGAACGAUCGCCGUACUUAUGGUGUUCAGUUUCGCAAAGGCAACCGGCGUCAGUUAGUGCUUGUGACGAAAGAGAUCAUUCUAUCCGCGGGUGCUCUAAACAGUCCACACCUGCUGAUGCUGUCCGGCGUUGGACCACGGGAUCAGUUAAAGCGGCACGGUAUACGGGUGAUCCAUGAGCUGCCCGGUGUCGGUCAAAAUCUGCAAGAUCAUGUGGCUGCUGGUGGAGGUGUGUUCCUGAUAAAGAAUCCAAACGGAACCACACCACUUUCGGUGCGUUUGCUCGAGGUGAACGAUGUGUCAACAGCACGCGAUUUUCUGUUCCGCAAUCAGGGCCGGCUGGUGGCGAUGCCUUCCUGCGAGGUGAUGGGAUUCAUUAACACUAAGUACAACAACCCAACAAGUCGGCGAGGUGAUGUGCAGAUCUUUAUGUCAGCGCAGUCUGACAUUUCGGACGGUGGUACGGAGGGUAUGGCGGGGGCCGGACUUACGUACGAUUACUACGCGCGUAACUUUGAAUCCUGGGUGUAUCAUGACUCAUUUCUGAUCAUGCCACUGUUAAUGAGGCCCGAAAGUCGUGGAUGGUUGGAACUGAACAGUGCUAAUCCAUACGACAAGAUCAAGAUAUAUCCCAACUACUUUGACGUCGAACGUGAUCUGGAUAUUCUGGUUGAGGGACUCAAGUUUGGAGUUCGUGUAGCGGAAACGUCUACCAUGAAGCGCAUCAACGCCACGUUCAUCUACGACGUGGAGCAUGGCGACACGUGCCACGGCAUCACCGGGGAUGACUUCUUCAAGUGUCUCAUACAACACUACUCGCAGACAAUCUACCAUCCGUCCGGUACGGCUAAGAUGGGUCCCGCCACCGACCCGAUGGCGGUUGUCGAUAGUCAGCUGCGGGUACAUGGGAUCGGUGGGUUGCGCGUAGUGGACGCCAGCAUAAUGCCGACCAUUACGACCGGAAAUACGAACGCGCCUACGAUCAUGAUUGCAGAGCGGGCAGCCGAUUUGAUCAAGUAUGCGCAUUUGCCGGCAUUGGUGCGCGAAGAGCAUUACCGGCAGUGUGACACCAUCGACUACCAAUAUCACCCAGAGCGUACCAACAUAGUGACACGCGAUAAACAAAGCACCAACAGGGUGCCAUAGUGUGAAGAUUAUAGCUUUUGAUGUGGUGUAGUUUGUAGUUGUGUCAUGCAUAAGCCUUUCACGUAAUGCAUCGUGCAAGUAACAAAAAAAGAAGGAAAAUAAACAGCAAAUGCGCCAUUUGUCAGUCAGCGUUCUAAAAUAAGCUAAGUAGAUCGGUGCAUUCUAAAACAAAAUUUGCUAUGUUGACACUGAUUAUCAAGCACUUCCAAGAAUUGAUUAUCAGUUACGUGUGCGCUCGCGGGUGUAUAAUACUUGGCCCGUCGCCCAUUCCGGGGUCGACCGAUUAGGAUUAAGAAGAUUAUCGAAUUGUAGACAACAACAUUAGAAAUUAUAACUAUUGCUCAGGAGGACGCCAAAUUGAAAUGCAAAAUAAACUUUUUUAGUAUACUUUAA